GGAAGAAGAAAAAAAAAACCAGCUUACAGUCUUUCACUGCCUGGAGAGUUUUGAGAAAAGAAAAAGACUGUUUUCUGGGCAAAACAUUGUACUGAAGACCCUUGUCUUUUAGAACAUAUUCGUAUUCUCCAGCAGCUGAAGAUUCAUGGUUGUCACUUUGUGUUGUGUCGGUAAGGCUGGAGACCAACAGGGAUGAACAUCAAGCAGUCUUUAUGCUUAACUUCUGAGGUCCCCGCACAAAUCAAGCUUAACGACUGUUCGUAUGCUACUGAUAAUCUACAUGGUGCUAAGUCAGUCUGCUCUAUAAUCGUUGACUCGGACGCCAUGGAGGAGAAGAAGUCGACAACACAAUCUGUCACCCAGCCUUCAUCGGCGACAAUCUCGCCCACGCCGAGCCAGCGUAGAAGGACGCGAUCAGCUGGCCUCAAAAGGAGUACCAAGACCCGAAUCUUCCACAGAUUCAACACUGGAUUUGCAACAGCCGGCGAGGGUGUCGAGGCUGCUCCGACGUCGGAUCUGUGUUGCACAGUUGAUGACAUACUUUGCGCCGACAGCCCUCCUGCCGACACAGACUCUGAAUAUCCGCAAUUUGAUGACAUCGGCGCAUAUGCAAUCACCGAACACACGGUGCUUUCUGAGACGAUUUGGCGGAACGAGGCGAAUCGUUUGUUCCGUUUUCUCGAAAACCCCGAGGAGCCUGCCCAGUUCAAGAACCGGGACUUUUUCAAGGUCGGCGAUGAGGCAGCGCACAAGUCCUUGUCUGCACUCGCCGACAAGAUAUUCACUGCUAUGUCGCUAUGUGUGCUCGACAACGAGUGCAUCACAGUGCGCUUCAGUCCACAGGCAUCAAGCAGGACGCGUCUGAAGAAGUUGAUCAUGCAAGCCCAGGUUGCUUCCCAGGCGAAUGACGGCAGCAAGCGAUUGGAUCGGGAAGCGUAUGAGCGAGAGCAGGUUGCAAUGUUUGACCUCGUCGAUUACAUAUCUGUCGUCCUGUCCAGGCUCAUCACUCAAACUGGCGCUGGAAAUCACUGGCAGGCGUCGGUUCUGUGCGCGUUGGUGAAGCGCGUGGCCAAGAUCAAAAUCAUGCUACUAGACCUUGCCGAGAAUGCCGACCUGGCCGCGAAGGAAGGCGAGUCGGUAUUGGAGGACAGUCGCGACGCUAGAGAUGUCAGUUCGGGCAUGAUCGAAGAGGAGGAGGAGUGUGAAGAAAUCCUAAGAAUCAUUGCAGCCGAAACGAGAGACGGUCUCACAUCCUUCCAAAGCGCCCAAGUUGCAUCAUACUGUGUCAACCAAAGCAAGGUUCGUUCUGGACUGGACAUUCUGAUGAGGUCCAUCAUCAUGCCGUUGCGGUGUUUGAACAGGUCUGGGCUUGGUCAUGCAACGUAUGAGAUUGCUGGACUUGUUUAUGAGACGGGCUUCCAGGGUUUCAAGACGCUUCUGUACCAAGACCGUGAGCUUGAGUACUCGGCGACCUCGAAUCUGGACAACCUCAAGGCGGCGGAUCCAGCGUUUCGGAUGCUGAACCAGACCGUCAGGCACAUGAAGAAUCUCCAUCAAGGAGGCGACCCAUCCGAUAUAGUUAGAGGGCGUGAUGUUAGGACUUUCAUCGAGUGGACAUACAGUGGCGCAACUACAGGCCAUACUGGUGACUCUCCCGCACGCAACGACAAGAAGCUCGAAUCGUUGGAGCUGGAGUAUAUGGACGAAAUCAUAACAGUCAUGGUCCCGUUGGUAACGACGGAUCCGAAAAUGGUUUCUGAGCUGAACAGCUUCAGGAGCAUCGUGGUCCUCAGCAAGGAGAACCGUGAUCCCGUUCGUGAGCACGAGGACUCGGACUUUGCCGCCUUCUUCCGGAUGCACACAAACACAUUCGAUGACGAACGCGGCUACCAAAGUACAAUGCGACUCAAAACGGCCUUUGACGACGGCUACUUUGAACGCUGUCGACUGAUCGACCCCGAAGCUAGAAACGAUAGCUCUAGUGAGCUAAUAUUUGACCUGAGAGCAAAGAUAAUGGAGCAUGAGUGGGUUAUGGACGAGACCUCGGUAGUCGUAAGUUGCCCACGUUAUGUUUUGUCAGUAAUGGCUGUUGCGGUAAUCCUCGGUGCCGGAGGUCUCGUGAUCGGAUUCACCGUCGGCGACCGCAUCGAGGCAGUCGAUCCUUUUCAAAUUGCUUCAUACGCUUGGCUCUUUGCUGCAUUCGUCAUACUGGUCUGUAAGAGUGUCCUCGUGCGAGAAUGGUCCUGGGCAGACUUUCUGAGGUCUCGAGUGCGGUGCCGAUCCGUGUCGGAGCUCGAAGCGGUGACGGGUUUCCCGGGACAGAUGAUAAUUGCAAAGCUGCUACACGACGAGAGUAGCGGCGGGAUCCUGUCGACACGCGGGCCGUACAAUUCUGUUUUCCUACGUAGGAACAACGAGGGCUUCUCGAUUGAUCAGCCGAUCAGCACCUCGACCAUGUUGAUGAGCGGAUUGACGCCUUUGAAGGUUGUCACGCCCAAAGGCUAUGCGCUUGUUUGUCUGGACUCGCGGCACAAAACUAGACUGCGUGUGAUUGAACACCAGGCAGAUCCGAAGGAGCAGUAUCUUGUUUGUGAGGAUGUCAGUCGGAAGCAAAGAAGAGCCAGAGAAGGCGAUGGAGCAGCCGAGAAGUUGAAAAGCACAAAAUUGCAGCUUUUCUUGACCAGGGAUGUCAAGUGGAAGCGGGUGUUAGGUAUUUACGAUGCAGAGAACGUUGUGUUUGUCUAGAGAUCAAGUAAGCUGCUGUAGAAGAUAAACCUGAAUUUGUUCAUCGACAGAUCAAAUGAGCAACCAUAGAGCAAAAUUGAACCGAGUUUGUGCGAAA